UGAACCAGAUUUGCAACUCCAAACAGCACAACUGGAAUAUUUAUAUUAAUAUAGCAUUGGAAUAACGAACAUGCUAUUACUAGUCAGUGUUAUUCUCAUCUUGUGGGUUUCCUGUGCUCAUGGACAAGGAGGAAGUUGUGAUUUUCCAGAAAUAAAACAUGGAAACAUGUAUGAUGAAGACAGAUAUAAAUACAGCUUCCCAGUUGCGGUAGGAAAAUAUUUCUACUAUUCCUGUGAUCGCAGUUUUGCGUCUCCUUCACAAUCACUCUGGACUCAAAUAAUCUGCACAGAGGAGGGAUGGUCACCAACACCAAAGUGUAUCAGGCAGUGCUUUUUUCCUUGGGUGGAAAAUGGUCGUUCGGCAUCUUCAGGACGGAUACACCAGGAAGGUGACACUGUACAAAUUGUCUGUAAUAAGGGUUACAGGCUUCCAUAUAAUCAGAAGAGUAUCCAAUGUACAGAACGUGGCUGGUCUUUUCCUCCUAAAUGCAAUCAGCUAGGCCCUGAAGGAAAAUGUGGGCCCCCUCCACCCAUCGACAAUGGAGACUUUACCUCAUUCCCAUUAAAAUCUUAUGCUCCGGGAUCAUCAGUUGAGUACCAAUGCCAGACCUUCUAUGUACUUCAUGGAAACAGUACUAUAAUAUGUAGUAAUGGACAGUGGUCAGAACCACCAAAAUGCUUAGAUGCAUGUGUGGUAUCAGAAGAAAUCAUGGAAAAACAUAAUAUACAGUUGCGAUGGAGACAUGAGAAAAAAUUUUAUUCUAGAACAGGGGAUAUUAUUGAAUUUAUAUGUAAAGUUGGAUAUCAUAGAAAGUCACAAGGUGACUCAUUUCGAACAACCUGUCAGGAAGGGAAACUGACAUAUCCCACUUGUGUAUAAAGCAAUGAUUAAGAUACAGUCCUAAAAUUAUAAUGUGUACAUUUAUUCCGAAGUUUCCAUGAUGAAUCCAGUUCUUCUCAUUUUUUCAACUAUUACUCAUUUUUAUUCGUAAAUCAGAAUUUGUGUUAAAUAGUAUGUGGAUGAUAGACAUAACCUGAGGGACAAAUGAAUCACUUCUUAAAAACACCAUAUUAAAACUUGGUGAACUAAAAUGCUAUGUGUCCUAGUCAUAGAAUAUCUGUGGCAAGAAAUUAAUUGUGAUCUCUUCAAUGCCUGCUCCUUUCCAUCCUUCUCCUAACUUUCUCAAAGAUUUCUCCAUAACUCCUGAGGCUUCCUGAAGCUCUCUAUUUCAGAGAAAAUGGGGGGAAAAUGCUUGCACUCAUCUUCAAAGUCAUUUCACUUUACAACACAUAGAAACCUAACUGUGUCAUACCUAUGUUAUUUAUAAGAUGUAAGAAGUUAUUUAGUUUGCUUUUCUCUCAAUAGAUAGAUAUGCCAAAAAAUGAUGAAAUGCAUGAUCUCUUAUGUGUAUCUAGCAAACAUAAUAAUUCAAACAAAUCAUAAAGAGGAAUUCAAAUCUAACUAGGGGCAUAACUAUAACUACAUUAAAAGUGACUUCAAAAGUCCAAUAU